GAAAACAUGGAUGGAUUGCCAGCAGUUAAAGAACACCUGGGCAAUAUGUGCGCCAGCUAUCCCAAGAUAGGCCAGUCUAUGAAGGAGUUCGAAGAGGCACUGCAGAAGAACAAAACACUGAAGAGCAGUGUAAACCGAUUGCAGUUACAGAUUGAGGAUCAGAAGGUGGAUGCGAAACUGGUGGGAAAGGCGGCUCAAUCCAUGGAUGAGUGCAGGGCCGAGACAGAAUUGGCGGCCAGAAUAGCAACUGCCUGCUAUAGCAGUAUCCUGGCCAUAGAAAACCACAUGAGUGACGCCCAAGUCCAAGACGUUCUGCGAUUAACUGUACACCUCAAGCAGGGGGAGGUCAUGGCGGAGAUCCAGGGCGUGGAGAAACGUUGCGGCACCGUUAACGAGAGCAAUGCUACCUUAGAGAGUCGCAGCAUUGUGCAGGAGUUCCGUCAGCUGAGACGCACCAUGAAUGAGGCCGCCGACGAGCUGUUGCGUAACGAUAGGGAGGUGCAGGCCAUGCUUCUGCAGUGGAGCAGCAAGAUCAAAUCCUCGACAGCCUAUCGCAACAAAAAGAUCGUAUAUGUUCUCAAGCUGAGGAAGGAGAUACACCAGCUUCGAGAUGAGCUAGUGAAACCACGCCUGCAGCGUGUUGAGAAGUGGGCCAAACCCGCAGACCCCUGUCCAUCUGCGUGUUCCUCUGUAAUGGCAGCGGCCAGCAACUUGAUGCUGCAGUCGGCCAUGACAUUUGUAACCGACUUUCUCAACGGCCCCAAAGCGUCUCAAAUCGAAUGUAGCGGAGGGGCGCAACCACUGCGCUCCAUACUGCUGCAAGGCGAGCGCAAGCGCGCUGCAAGUCCCACCAAGCUGGUGCACUUCGCAGCGUCGCCGGUUCGUUCCAUCUCAAGCGACGAUAACGUUUACGGAGCAUUGGGCGCGACAUUCACCCAGGCAAUUGAUGACUCCCUAAAAGAAUUUAAUGACUUGAACGCGGCCACGCCACCAAAAAAGGGAAAAGUUACCAAAGUGGAGAUACUACCAGCCUUGGACAUAAGCUCAUUCCAGCCCCAUGCCAGUGGCAAUGCAAACUUGAAGGAUUUCUCCAACUUAUUUCCCAGCUUGGAGAGCAAAGAGCAGCAGGAUAUCAUGGAUAUUGAUAACGAAGCGGCGAGCACUUCCGCUAAGCAGCACCAGCCAGCAGUGGUUUCGGUCGAGCAAGAAGAGCUGCUGUUUGUGCGUCCCACGACGGCGUUGAGCCAUCAGCAGGAUUCUAUUGGUAUGAUGGCUACCACGAGUGCCACCUCGUUUCAAUUUUCGGAAACGAACUACGAUCCCAAUGACGAUUUCAUGCUCAACUUCAGCGACGACAACCACGAGGAUGAUACACAAAACGGAUAUAAUCUAUAG